AUCAGCAUUCAACCUGUAUGAAAUGGCGGAUAUAUGUAAAAAGUGAUCAGUAAAGAUGAAUAUAUUGUUUAUUAUAUCAACUAUUACUAUAAUUACCCUCUCAUCCAUUUCAUACGUAAAUAGCAAUUUCUUAGUGGAACAAGACUCGUAAGUAUUUAACAGGAAAUUUCAUACUUUUAUCCUAAAUACUCUGUAUUUAUCAGUAAUCGGUCAGGUUAAUAGAUUUCUAUAAUGAAAAAAAUAAUUAAAUAUACAGUUAAUUAAGGUUUUUAAUUAAUUUUUAGGUCAUACUUUAUUGCUCUUCCAAACAAAGUCUAUCCCGAUGAGGUGAUUCAGGUCUAUGUGACAGUUCUCAAAAUGAGAACCCCGUUUUUGAAAAUUCGGGUAGCAAUUCGACUCGGAAAUUUAGGGGAAAAAUCGGAGGAAAAAUGCAGUGUUUCAGCUACAUUUACGUAUCCUAGUACGAGAAUUCUUCAAAUGCAGAUGUUAGAUAACUCACCGGCUGGUAAUUAUACUGUAAAUGUUGAAGGAACUUCAAGCGAAGGCAUUUCCGGUUACCUUUUUCGAAAUGAAACCAAAAUAAUGUUCAUGAGGAAACAAGUGUCAGUUCUCAUUCAGCUAAAUAAACCAGUGUAUAAACAAGGGCAGACGAUUAAACUGCGAAUUAUGCCAAUAAUGCCUAAUCUUAUGUCUAAAACUGCAAAUAUGGAUGUAAGUUUAGUGGAUGCAACGAAUACAACGGUUAAACUGUGGCAGAACUUACAAACGAAUGCUGGCGGUGUUCUUGACCUUCAGCAGAAAUUAUCCGAGCAACCUCAUUACGGAGAAUGGAAAGUUUUGGUUUAUACUUAUGGUGAAUAUUAUGAGAAAAAAUUUCCUGUAAAUGAAUUCUGGGUGACGGCUAUAGACGUCAAUGUCAGUAUGCCUAUGUAUUUGUCGGAAAAUGAUUUUGGAAUAGCUGGUGUAAUAUCGGCAAAUUUGAGUUUGGGUCAACCGGCUAAGGGAACAAUUAGAAUUGAGAUGAGCGUCAAACCUCCUAAAGAUAUUGAAGCUGCUAAAGAAUACGUUAAAGUUCAUGCUAUAAAUUUAAAGGAUCAAUUCAAUAAGAGUGAAACGGAUGAUAUCAAUAUUCAUUCAUUUCAGGAUGGUUCAGACAAAAUUGUUCGAGAAACUAGAUAUUUUGCAGGCGUUACUGAUUUUAUGUUUACAAUGGACGAAAUACGGAACUUAUUGGGUGGUCGGAGCCCCGCAAAUCACGAAAUAGUCGUUGACGCCUACGUUUAUGAUUGGUUUUUAGUUCAAGAAGCGUCGGGAAGUUCUCGUGCAGUCGUUUACAGUAAUGCAACGUCAAUUUACUUACUUGGUGAUAAGUCGAGAACAUUCAAGCCGGGAAUGCCCACUUCAGUCUAUUUUGCCGUAUCAAAUCAAGAUGGCACGCCCUUACAUUCCCAUCGACGGCAAGUGACCGUAAAACGAGUAGAAACCCCUAAUUCCGAAUUUAUACCAGAUGCCAAACUAAUAGUUCGAGAUGAUGGAAUUGCAAAGUAUACUUUCACCCCAAGUAACGAUGCUCGACAAAUUCGAUUAACAGCUCAUUAUGAUCUCUAUCAGUCAAAUGCUGUUGAUGUUUACAUGACCAGGCAUUAUACAACUCAUGAUAGAUUCCUCUAUAUAUCAUCUUCGACAGAGACUCCGCAAGUAGAUCAAUACAUGGUAUUUACUGUUCGAAGUAAUACUUUGUUAGACAACGUUCAUUAUAUUGUCACGGCCGCUAGCAAUAUAGUGACAGGAGGAGUGAUAGAAUUGUACUCCAGCCAAAAAACCUUUUCUAUUGCCGUUUCUAGAGAUAUGGUUCCAGAAGCUAGAAUGGUUGUAUGGACAAUUUUCAAAGGAGAAAUUCUUGCCGAUAGUGUUAAUUUUUUUGUUAAUGGAACAAGAUUAAAUCCGGUUGAUUUAAGAGUUAAUAGAGGUAAAGAUUUUACAGGAGAUGUAGUUGAAAUAACCGGAUGGAGUGACCGAUCAGCUUAUAUUGGUUUUUCGGCACUUUGUCAUGAACUUUAUGUCUAUUCUGGAGGAUCUAAUUUUGUCCAAGAAACUGAUAUAAUUAAUGAGUUAAGGUCAUUUGAUAGUCACGCCAAUACCAGUUUUCGAUUUCAAUGGACAUUUGGAGAGACUUUCCGGGAAUUAGUUCAUUUCCCUGCACCGACAUAUGCAAUAGACGCUAACAAAACUUUCGAAUUUGCUGGAUUGAUAGUCUUCACUGAUGCCAACGUGACGAGAAUGCCCCAUAAUUGUAAUGAAACUUUAGGAGAUUAUCCUUGUAUGUCCGGCAGACAGUGCUUCAGAAUUGAAGAAUGGUGUGAUGGAGUCAUGAAAUGUGAGGACGGUGUAGAUGAAAUGGGUUGCACUAACAGAGUUCCAAAAUAUCCCUUCACAAAACCGUUUGACCGUCUAAGUUUAUUGACUAGGCACUAUAAUGAAAUGGGCGAUUGGGGUUGGUUAGGACACUUUCUUAUGCCGAACGGGCGUAUUGAUCUCGAAACCGAAGUACCUGAUGAACCAAUGCCGUGGGUUGUAGAUGCUUUCUCAAUAUCAAGGGAUAAAGGUUUCGGUAUGGUUUUCAAUCCAUCGAGGCAUCAAGCAACAAGACCUUUCUAUAUGAGAGCCGAGGCACCUGAGUCUGUAAUAAAAGGUGAACAAAUUGGUGUCAGAAUUUCGUUAUUUAAUUAUUGGACUGAAAAUCUUGAGUGUCUAGUAACUCUGCACGAUUCAGAUGAUUACGCGUUUGUUGUUGUAGAAAAGGACGGUAUAGUUUCUUCCUAUAGCCCUCGUCUAUUAAGAGGCGAUAUACAAACAAUGGUUUACAUGCCGUCUGGUUUUGUGAGAGAACUACACUUUCCUGUGUUACAUUUGAAAGAAGGAUGCUUCUCGGUUACCAUAUCUGUUGCCAAUUUUAUGUACAAAGAUGAAGAAACAGUUGAGAUGUGUAGUACUUUCGAUGGUGUAACCAACUACCUAAAUACACCUUUCGUCAUUGAUUUAAUCAAUAAGGGCUCAAGAGCUAUACCAGAUUUGGAAAUACCUGUUCCCGAGAGAUUUAUUAGACCACAAGAGAGACAGCAUCUUUACGUUCCAGGUUCUCCGGAAGCUACAAUCGGAAUAGUUGGAGACAUUGUAGGUCCAGGCUUCUUUGAGGACUAUUUGGACGCUGAAAAUUCUAUCAGGAAACCUUUCGGAGGAGGUGAACAAAGCCUUUAUAAUUUAGCUACAAAUAUUCUUUAUCUUCGUUAUAUGAGUGGAACAAAUCAAUUAGCGAAUGAUCGCCUUCGGUUGUCAAUUGACAAGGUUAACGAAGGACUUCAAAGACAAAUGAGUUAUUAUACUCUGAAGAAAGAUUCUAAUAACCACGAUAUAGGAUACUUCUCGCUAUUUAGAGACUAUCAAGAGGACACUCCUAGUGUUUGGUUAACUGCACAUGCCCUAAAGGUAUUCCACAAAAUGUACUCGGGUAAUUAUCUAAAGAUUGGUAUCAAUCAAAUUUUCAUGGCAACAAAAACUCUUACCGAAAUGGGCAGAUGGCUAUGUGCAGCUGAUAAGAGAGAUGACGAUAGAGGUUUUAUUGAAACUUCUCCUCAUUAUAAUCGAAAAAUGUGGUUAAACGGUACUGAAAAUUAUGAUAAAAUAGCACUUAGUGCUCAUGUUCUAAUAGCUUUACAAUCGGCAAGAUCAGCUCUACAAGGCUCAACAGGCUGCGAUAGCGUAAUUUCACAGACUAUUCAAUAUCUUAGGGAUAAUGCGGCCGGUGACCAUUCACCAUUCACAACCGCUAUUUUAGCAUAUGCGCUACUUUCUAGUGGAGAUACCAGCAGCCCAGCUCUAAAUAGGUUACGAAAGAUUCAAAUUGAUAAGGAAUAUUGGGCAAAUAAACGUAUUCCAAAAAAUGGAAUUCGAUUUGAAGAUAAUUUACCGGUUCAUCAACCAAGAAAAUGGUACGAUAAUGAAGCAUAUGGGGUUGCAACGACGGGUUACGCAAUUUUAGCUUUACUUCAAACUUCUGAUGGCUAUAGCGAAUCCUUCCCAAGCAUGCUGUGGCUUCAAUCAAUGAGAAAUUCAUUUGCGGGUCAUUCUUCUACUGAGGAUUCAAUUAUUGCUCAAGAAGCACUUGUCGAAUAUUCCUUGAAGGAUAUGAACAAAGCGUUUUAUCAAAUGUAUAUUGAAGUAUCACCAACCUCUAAUCAGAACUUGACCUAUGUACUUCGUUUGAAUAAAACGAAUUGGAUAGAUUUACAAGAAAUUCCAAUAACACCUGUUUGGGGUUACGUAAGAGGUACAGCAACUGGAAAUGGAAUAGCUUUAAUGCAACUAUCUACCAAAGUGAAUGUAGAAUAUUCAAGACAAAUUGUGCCUAAACCAGAAGGAGACUUCUUUUCAAUUGAGUUAAAAGAGAGCUACGGUGGCAAGAAUUAUUCGUUUGUCGAAUUUAAUCCUUGCGUCAGAUGGGUAAGACCUGAUCUAUCAAAUACUAGCGGUAUGACUGUUUUAGAAAUGGAUUUACCAACUGGUUAUAGAAUUACCAACGACGUACUUAGAUCAUAUGCUCAAUCUGGUCGAGUACCAACAUUGAGAAGAGCGGAAACUUAUGAUAGAAAAGUUGUCUUCUAUUUCGAUUACGUAGGUUAUAAGGAAGAUACAUGUGUAAAAUUUAGAACUGAUAGAUGGUUUCCAGUCGCCAAUUUAACAAUUCAACAUAAAAUUAGAGUCUACGAUUAUUAUGAGCCAGUUUGCAUAUUUGCCAAGUUUGCGGGUCAUUCCAGUGUCCAUAUUGCCCUUUUUACAAUCAUGCUCCAGUUGUAG